UCACUGUUAAACACCAGUCUGCUUCAAAGAGCUGAUGUGCCAGGAUGCUAUACUGCCUUCAUAGACUGAGUGCAGUUGUACAGGCCGAUACAUUUUCAGCAUCUGAAACAGGCCUAUUGAAAACUGUGUUGAUUUGAUGUCCACCGCCCUUCUCCAGAGGACCCAGCAUGCCCCCUCCUGCACCCACAUCCCUGGGCUACACCCCUCCUGACGGAGGCUGGGGUUGGGCCGUGGUCUUCGGCUCCUUCGUCUCCAUCGGCUUCUCCUACGCCUUCCCCAAGUCCCUGACCAUCUACUACAAGGAGAUCCAGGAGUACUUCUCCGCCAGCUACAGCGAGAUCGCCUGGGUCUCCUCCAUCAUGCUGGCGGCCAUGUAUGCUGGAGGGCCGGUGAGCAGCGUGCUGGUGAACCGCUACGGCAGCCGCCCCGUGGUCAUGGUGGGAGGGGUGAUGGUGGGAGCCGGGAUGGUGGCCUCCUCGUUUGGGACGACCAUCAUGCACCUGUACAUCUGCGUGGGCGUCAUUGGAGGCUUUGGGCUCUCGUUCAACCUGCAGCCUGCCCUCACCAUCAUCGGGAAGUACUUCCAGGUCAAGAGGCCGAUGGCGAACGGCUUGGCCAUGGCAGGAAGUCCGGUGUUCCUGUCCACGCUGGCGCCGCUCAACCAGUUCCUGUUCGACAGCUUCGGCUGGAGGGGCAGCUUCCUGAUCCUGGGCGGCUUCGUCAUGAACUGCUGCGUGGCGGGCGCUCUGAUGCGGCCCGUCGAGGUCAAGCGAGCGCGUCCAGACGCCGCGGCCAACGGGGCCGCCGGCGAUAAGGAGGACGCCAGCAGCCCCGCGGGCAAGAGCGGGUGCGCGGGCAAGGUCAACCAGUUCAUCGACCUGUCGCUGUUCCGGCACCGGGGCUACCUGAUCUACCUGGUGGGCAACGUGCUGCUGUUCUUCGGCUUCUUCGCGCCGGUGGUGUUCAUGGCGCCGUACGCCAAGCACAUGCAGGUGGAUGAGUACUCGGCCGCCUUCCUGCUGUCCAUCUUCGCGCUGGUGGACAUGAUCGCGCGGCCGCUCACCGGCCUGCUGGCCAACACCCGCUGGGUGCGCCCGCGGAUCCAGUACUUCUUCAGCCUCUCGGUGGCGUACAACGGGCUGUGCCACGUGCUGUGCCCUCUGGCCACGGGCUACGGCGGGCUGGUGGUGUACGCCGUGUUCUUCGGCGUGGCGUUCGGCAUGCUGUGCGCGCUGCUCUUCGAGGUGCUCAUGGACCUCGUCGGGGCCCAGCGCUUCUCCAGCGCCGUCGGACUCGCCACCAUCAUCGAGUGCGCCCCGGUCCUGCUGGGCCCGCCCAUCUCUGGUGCGCUGGUGGACAUCUUCCAUGACUACAAGUACAUGUACUGGGCCUGCGGGGUGAUGAUGCUGGUGCCGGGCGUCUUCCUCUUCGUCAUGAACUACUUCAACUACAAGUGGCUAGCGCAGGAGGCGCAGCAGGAGGUGCGGCAGAGCGGCCGGCAGGAGGACGAGGAGGAGAGGGGAGCUGUGGAGGAGCUGAGGGAGCUGAGGAGCAGCGCCAACAACCAGCCGGACGAGACGCUGGCUUAGGAGCAAUGAGGAGGUGCUGGCUUAGGAGCAAUGAGGAGGUGCUGGCUUAGGAGCAAUGAGGAGGUGCUGGCUUAGGAGGAAUGAGGAGGUGCUGGCUUAGGAGCAAUGAGGAGGUGCUGGCUUAGGAGCAACGAGGAGGUGCUGGCUUAGGAGCAAUGAGGAGACGCAGCGU